AUGCAUGUCUAUUCGUGGCUAGGUUUCCAUGAUCCUCUGUUGUUUUCUCCUCAUCAAGAUCAAAAGACCACUAGAUGUAUACCUGUGCCUGCGACCUAAUGGACUACGCAAUGGGAAGGAAAGUGCAGGUCCACUGCCCACCUACGUUCCCUGAUGUACCUCCAGAGUUUGAGCUGAAGAAUGCCAAAGGUCUCUCCAAUGACAACCUCCAGAGCCUCCAGACACAGCUCACUAAACUGGCUGCAGAGCGAUGUGGGGAGGUGAUGAUCUAUGAGCUGGCCGACCAUGUCCAGGGGUUUCUGAGUGAACACAACAACUCCUUUCAUGAGGAGAUGCUGAAGAACCAGCGGCUGCAGCAGGAGAGGCUAGCCCUGGAGGAGCAGGAGAAACUGGACCAACGCCGCAGUAAGGAGGAGCAGACGCAAUUUGAGAUUAUGGCUGAAAUCCAAAGGAGAGAGGAGGAGAAACAAGAGGAGAAAAGGAAAAAAGACAUUGCCAAACAGGAGCGCCUUGAGAGUAUAGACCAGCCUGCUGUAGACAGCUCAUCUUAUUCCCCUGGGCCUCCACCUGAGCUUACUGAGCCCAGAAGAGGGACCAACCCCCGGAGACUGACCAACUCCAACACCCGCCACAGACGGGACACAUACAGGGAGGAUAGCCCAUGCUCACAGGAAGUGCUUUACUUCAGCACUGGGGAUCUCUUGGUGCAUAGAGGAAAGUGCCUCGGGGAGAGUGUGAGGCUUGGCCAUAAUGUUUAUAAUGCUUUCCACGCGACCAACGGAGAGUUUGCCAUAGUAUACGAGUGGAUCCUACGCUGGAACAAGAAGAUUGGCAAGUUCUUCACCAGUGAGGAAAAGGGGAAGAUUGACAAUUGUAAAAAGCAGAUCCACGGUGCUGCGAGUGAGCUGAACUCCCUGCUGAAGCUGAAACACCCUAACCUGGUGCACUACCAGGCCCUGAGCUCCAGUGAGAGGGAUGACUGCCUGGUGGUGAACCUGCUGGUAGAGCAUGUGGGGGUCAGCAGCAGUCUGAGCCAGAGCCUGGCUAGCCAGACCGCCAUCCCCCUGGAGCGCCUCCGCCUGUUUACCACCCAGCUCCUGGCUGCCCUCGACUACCUCCACUCCAACUCUGUUGUCCACAAACAGCUGGGCGCCUCCAAUGUGCUUCUGGACCACCUGGGCAACGUGCGACUCACAGACUACAGCCUCUCCAAGAGACUGGGCGACCUCUGCAAGGAGGACAUCUUUCAGCAGGCCCGGGUGCGCUUCUGUGAGGACACGCUGCCCACCAAGGCUGGGAAGAAAGGGGACGUGUGGAGCCUGGGGCUGAUGCUGCUGGCACUUAGCCAGGGUGAGGAGGUCAGGGAGUUCCCGGUGUCUGUGCCCACCAGCUUGCCCGCUGACUUCCAGGACUUCCUCAACAGGUGUGUGUGUCUGAAUGAUGCUGACCGCUGGCACACCCAGCAGCUGUUGGACCACCCCUUCCUCAACCCUCCACCUCCGAAGACCCAUCCAAAGUUCCAGGACGCUAGUCCAGAAGACAUUGGUGAUGACUUUGCGUCGUCGGUCAUCCCUCACAGUCACAUCCUCAAUGCUCCGUUCAGCACUGGGCUACAGAGGCAGUUCUCACGCUACUUCAACGAGUUUGAGGAGUUACAGUUGCUGGGGAAAGGAGCUUUUGGUGCCGUUAUCAAGGUCCAGAACAAGCUGGAUGGAUGUUACUAUGCUGUGAAGCGUAUCCAGGUGAACCCGGCCAGUAAGAGUGAGCAGGUCCGUAGGAUCAAAGGUGAGGUGACGCUGCUGUCACGCCUCAACCAUGAGAACAUCGUCCGCUACUACAACGCCUGGAUCGAGAGGCAUGAGAUCCCCUCCACGGGGAUACUGAGCUCAGACAGCACAGAGCCCCGGCGCACAGCGGAGAAACUGCCUCAGGUCCGAGCCCCUUCUCUGGGCCCCAACGAGCUGGGAAUCGGCAUGCUUGACAACGUGGAGGGUAACGCCUCACCCCCUGCCCCGGCGAGCUCUGUGGAGUGGAGCACCUCCAUCGAGAGGUCAUCUAGCGCAUUAGGCAUUAGAACUAUUGGAGUGUGCUGUACAAAAUACUCUGAGUGUACUUGUGAAGAGCCAAGCAAUAGAAUGGGCGGUGACACGAUAGAGAGCACAGACUCUCUUUAUCUUUACAUCCAGAUGCAAUACUGUGAAAAAAGCACUUUACGAGACACCAUUGACCAGAGCCUCCAUCAGGACAACAGUCGCCUGUGGAGGUUCUUCAGGGAGAUCCUGGAUGGCCUGGCCUACAUCCACCAACAGGGGAUGAUUCAUCGAGACCUCAAGCCUGUCAACAUUUUCUUGGAUGCUCAGGACCAUGUGAAAAUUGGAGACUUUGGCCUGGCCACAGACCAUCCUGCUAGUGUGGCCGCAGCAAGUAUACUGGAUAUUGAGGAGAGUGGCUCUGUUCUGAUUCUCAAACCGGACCAAACAGGGAAUAUGACUGGUAUGGUUGGUACUGCCCUAUAUGUCAGCCCAGAGGUGCAAGGAAAUACCAACGCCACUUACAACCAGGCAAGAAAUAUGAAUGGAACACACACCAACGCCAGCUGCGCAUGGUCAGUCUGUCCAGCACAGAGAACACAGACUGGGGCAGGGGGGCCACGGGAAGGGUCUCACUCCUUCAUCACUGUCCCAUUACUCUGUCAUUCCACUCUGCAGGAAGACAUCAACUUCCCCGAAGAUUUCCCUGAGUAUAAGAGUGGAACGCAGAUGAAGGUUAUUGGCUGGCUGCUGAACCAUGACCCGGCCCUGCGUCCCACGGCCCAGGAGCUCCUAAAGAGUGAUCUGCUGCCCCCGCCCCAGAUGGAGGAGUCGGAGCUCCACGAGGUCCUGCAGCACACCAUGGCUAACGUCAAUGGCAAGGCCUACCGCACCAUGGUCAACCAGCUGUUCUCCCAGAUCACCUCCCCCGUCAUGGACUACACCUACGAUAUCGACCUCCACAAGGGCAACUUUCAUUUCAACAGUGCCAGAUUGCAACCGUAUGUGUAUGAAACCAUCACCAGGAUCUUCAAGAAACAUGGGGCUGUGCGUCUCCAGACCCCCCUGCUCCUCCCCAGGAACAGGAAGCUGCAUGAAGGCAGUGAGCCUUCUUGCUUGAUGGACCACAGUGGCAUGCUGGUCACCCUGCCCUACGACCUCCGGAUUGCAUUCGCAAGAUUUGUGGCCAGAAAUAAUAUUACCCAUUUCAAGAGGUGGUGCAUUGAGCGUGUGUUCCGGCCCAGAAAGCUGGACAGGGCCCACCCCAGGGAGCUGCUGGAGUGUUCCUUUGACGUCAUUGUCCCCGUUACUAAUAGCCUGCUGCCUGACGCUGAGACCAUUUUCACCAUCUCAGAGAUUAUCCAGGAGUUCAGUGUCCUGCAGGAAAGGAACUACCACAUCUACCUGAACCACACCAGCCUGCUGAAGGCCGUCCUGCUACACAGCGGCAUCCCCGAGGACAAACUGAGCCACGUAUCCAGCAUCCUCUGUGACGCCAUGAGUGAAAAGCUGACCAGGAGAGAGGUGGAGGCCAAGUUCUGUAACCUGUCCCUGUCCAACAAGAGUAAGACUGCAGUCACCCAGCUGGCAAAGCAGGGCCUUAAAGACCUGGAGGAACUCACUGGCCUGCUCAGGAGCCUGGGAGUCAAGCUACAGGUGGUGGUAAAUCUGGGUCUGGUUUAUAAGGUGCAACACCAUUGUGGGGUCAUCUUCCAGUUUGUGGCCUUCAUCAAGAAACGCAGACGCGCAGCGCCAGACAUCAUGGCUGCAGGAGGGAGAUACGACCACCUGAUCCUUGAGUUCCGUGGCCCAGCGUCCUCUGCUCCUGUCCCUUCGGCAGUAGGGGCCAGUUUGGCUCUGGACAAAGUCUGUGCUGCCCUGGCCAGCAUGGAAGAGCCGCCCUCUAUCAGUUCAUGUGACGUGCUGGUGGUACCAGUAGGCCACAUCUCCAUGGGCCGAGCCAUCAACGUGGUCCAGAAGCUGUGGACAGCAGGGGUUUCUACUGACAUUGUCUAUGACGUGUCACAGUCCCAGGAGACUAUGCUGGAGCACUGUAGACAGGCUGGCAUCACCUGCAUGGCCCUUGUCUCAGACAAGGACGGGAACUACAUCAAGGUCAAGUCCUUUGAGAAGGAAAAGCAGUCAGAGAAGAGGAUUCCAGAGUCUGACCUUGUGGAUCACAUUGUUCAGAAAUGUCGGACCAAAUUCUUUGAAGAGAGAAAUAUCCGGGAAACCUCUGAGACGGUCUCUCUUCAGAACACCAAGGGGUCACUCGUCAAUGCCUCAGGAUCGUCAGAGCAGCAUGGGAGCAGCGCCUCCAGUAACAUCAAUGUGUUACUUAUCUCACCAGAGAAGGUGUCCUCCAGCGCCAGACGGCGCUACGAGACUCAGAUUCAAACCAGAUUGCAUUAUCUUGCUAGCAAUUUACAGAACAAGAGCAAUGACAUCGAAGUUCUGGCUGUGGACCUCCCGAAGGCAACUCUCAUCAACUUCCUGUCAUUGGAGUUUGAUGGAGAUGAGCAGUUCAACAUCAGCGUUAAACAUCUGCUGUCACGUCUCCCCAAGCAGCGCUAUCUCAGGUCCAUCUGUGAGGAGAUCCACUGCUUCAAAAUCCUAAAAAGGGCUGCUGUGGUGGUUUUGUACAGCUACAAGGACGAUUACUACAAGAUUCUUCUGUGAAACCAAAGAUGUUACUGCUCAGGACAAGCUCCAAGCUGCUCCCAGCACAACAGGCUUCCUGUGGCACUUUUCUAUAUAGAGAAACUGUAUCUGUUUAGAAAGAUGACUUUCCUUUUGAGACUGUGAACCUAAAGGCAAAAGUGAACUUUUAGUUUUAAAUUGUGAUCCAGUUACAAUCAGCUCUGAACCUCACUGCAUUUUGUGCUCCUCCCUACAUCUAGAAGGCAAAAAAAUGGUUUCUAAUCUUCUUACUGUACCUACCUUAAUGUGUAACGGUUAAUGUACAUUCUGAAGAGGAAUGUUUUUUUGAUUGCAGAUAAAGUGUUGCUAUAUUUCCAAAUAAAUGGCCAAUUCCAUAUUUUUAAAGUGACAUGAUGAAUAAUGGCAUUAAAUCUCAUAUUUUCCCUCA